ACUCUAUAUAUCUUCCUCCCCUCCAAGCAAAAAAAAAGUAAUAGAAACUAUUGGUAAAAAGAUGUAUUAAGCUACAUUAUUUUUCCUAGUUGUCCCCUCUUGAUCCUCAUAGGCAUGGAGAAAAGUAGUAGCUUCAACAGCAAGUACUUCAAACACCAAACCAUGAAGGAGUUCAAUGAAAACAACAACAACAACAAGAAUGUUAAAGAAUAUUCACGGGAUAAUAAUUAUGGAGAAGGAGAUUUAAUAGGAGGGUUUUUAUGGCCACCAAGAUCCUACACAUGUAGCUUUUGUAAAAGGGAAUUCAGAUCUGCUCAAGCUCUUGGUGGUCACAUGAAUGUUCAUAGAAGAGAUAGAGCCAGGCUUAGACUUCAAUCAUCACCACCCCCAACAGAUACUAAUAAUAAUAAUGGUGCUACUCAUCACUAUUCUCUUCCAAACACUAACCCUAACCCUAACCCUAGUUUUGUUUCACCAUCUUCACCUUCAAAAAAAUUCCCUUCUUUUGUUUCUACACUACCCCCAUUAAUAUCUCCUAGUUCCUUUUCUUCUUCUACUACUGCUUGUGGUUCUAAUGAGAUGAAAAAUGGAGAUUUGACAAAAAUGGGAAGUGCAAAAUUUGAGAAAAAUGGAAAAGAAUGUAGUGAAGUGGUGAAAAAGAGGGCUGAAUUUUUGAGAUUGGAUUUGGGAAUUGGCUUGCUUAGUAGUGAAUCAAAGGAUGAUUUGGAUUUGGAACUUAGACUUGGUUACAUAUAGACCAAAUUUCAACUGCUUUAAGGUUUGUCGUGCUCGAUUUGUUGGCUUUUUACUAGUUCAAGAAAAAGAGAAGGGAAAAAGUUGAAAAAAGAAAAUGAAAGAAAGUCUAAGAAAAAGUUCCUAUGGUAGAUUUCUUAAUGUGGAGAUUGAAGAUGCAAAGUCCUGGCUCCCGCGAAUCUUUCAUAGAAUUCCAAUCAUUUCUCCCACUCCUCAAAAGCCCACAGGACCAAAUUGAUGUGAUUGCCAUGAAGACCAUGGCCAGCCAGAUAAUGUUGUUGUUUUUAGUUUAAUUCCUUUAUGUAAUUCUUAAUAUUGUCCAUGUUAUGUAGGUAUUGUGCUUUAGUAAACCUUCUAAAGUUACUGUGUCUUCUCUAGAUAUAAAUAAGUAAUAUUUUU